AUGGCAACAAUCGAUGCACAAACGUUGCCCACCACAGCGCAAGAGGAUCCCUUGGAGCCGUACUAUUUUCAACACGAAGAGCAGAAGAUCUGUGGUGAAUUUGUGAAACCGAUUACCGAUAACUAUGACGAAAACUAUCCUAGCGUGGUGGAUCGCUUCUUUACACGUUAUUACUAUUUAAAAGGUGGUGCCGCUUACCAAGUGCUUUACCACUCCAAUCGCAUUUGCCUCAUUUGCUUGGCUCCUUCACAUCCUGCGUAUUCCGAGGGCAUUGAGUCGGUUAGCUACGAUGUGGGCAACGUAGAUCGCAGCCAAAAUGUGGUCAAGGGCAAGGCCAAAAAAGGCGGAAUGAUUUUACAAGCGGAGACAACGCUAGCGCUGCUCAAGACAAAUGCAGGGAAUACUUACAAGAUACCCAGCUGCAUUCGCGGCAAGUUGGUGGAGGUGAACACAGCUCUCGUUGCGGAUCCUAAGAUGCUGGAACGAGUUGCCGAGGGAGCUGGCUACUUUGGCAUAUUGCUGCCCAAGAUAGACAAUUGUGAUGGCAUUAAGGCCAGUCUGUUGACACAGGAGCAAUACGAGGAACGCUUGAAGAAUGUGAAAGCCGAGGUGAAGACAGAGACAUAGAAUCAACCCACGCGCAACACUUUGUUAAUGUUUAAUUUUAUGUUCACAUAAAAAAAAAAAAAC